AUGACUGGGACCAGGAGGAGUGCAUGGGGGAGCAGCUUCAAGCUGCUGGCUGUUCCACCAUCUGUCUGUCCACACAUCCCCCCAGCCAUCCCCGCGUGGCACCAGGGGGCAGGUACCUUCACAAACUCUCCUGGAGGUCCUGGUGGCCCUACGGGUCCAAGUGGACCCGGGGGGCCUGGAUCACCAAAGGGUCCCCGUGGGCCAGGGCUCCCGGAGGGGCCGGGGCUGCCCUGGAAGACAGAGAUGCUCCAUUAG